AUGGCCAGUCUUGAAAAUGAUGUCAAGGCGCUCCUUGCUCAACAGCUUGAGGUGCCCAUUCACGAGGUGACCACAACGGCGGACUUAAAGAAGGAUCUGACGGUGAAUGAUCUGGGAAGGUCGCGGAUGAUAAAUGCAAUUCGCGAGAGAUUCGACGUAUAUAUUGAGGAGGAAGAUACGGAUCAACUUAACACAACUCAAGAUGUCAUCAAGUAUGUGGAAACAAAGCUGUGGUGGUAUAGUCUGUAG